AUGCAUUUCUCCAACGUUAUCAUCACCACUCUUGCUGCUCAGGCCCUUGCUCAGGACAGCCGUGUCCCACGCGCUCGCAUUGGACAAGUUGCUGCUCUAGUGGCUGCUGCUGCUCUUCCAGUCAGAGCACUCCCGGUCUUUGAUGCCCUUGAGGCGCGCGAUCCUCAUCACCAGGGCAACAAGGCGAAGGCCAAGGCGGUCGAGGGAUGCAAGGCCAAGCGCGACGACGACGACGACGACGACGAAGCCAUCGAGGGACUCGUCGCUCGCCAUCACCAGGGAGCCCACGGCAAGGCUGCUGCCAAGGCUACCAACAACUGCAACAAGAAUGGCAAGCGAGACGAAGAACUUGAAACCCGAGAUGUUGAAGAAGACGAAGAAGAAGAAGAAGAUGAUGAUGAAGAAGACACCCAUGAGCUUACCACCAGGGAUGUCGAGGAAGACACCGAGGAGGACGCUGGCGAGCUUGAAGCCCGAGCUGCAAAGAAGGGCAAGAAAGGCAAGAAGGGUAAGAAGGGAAAGAAAGGAAAGAAGGGCAAGAAGGAUAAGAAGGGUAAGAAGGGUGGAAAGAAGGGCAAGAAGGCUGGCAAGAAGGCUGGUGCCAACGCCAACAAGAACGCGAACGCCGGUACUACCAACGGAGCAGCCAAGACUGGUACCACCGCCAACAACGCCAACACCAACACUAACACUGGUGCUACCAGUGGAACAGCUAAGACCGGUACCACCGCCAACACAAACACGAACACCAACAGCAACACUCAAGCCAAGUCUGGUACUACGGCUUAA